AUGUCCAGAAGUAGCCCAGAUCUGAAGCGUCACUUACAGGGAAGAACUCACUACACCAGUCCGUCAAGUCAGAAUGCGAUGAUAAGUCUAAUUGGAGACAAUAUCCAACGUACGAUAGUGAAGGAAGCCAAGGAAAGUGGGAUGUUUGCAGUCAUAUGCGAUGAAACCGUGGACUUGUCAAAAGUUGAGCAGAUGUCUGUUUGCAUUCGCUAUGUAACUAACAGUCUUCAAGUGAGAGAGCGUUUUCUUGGCUUUUGGCCUCUGGCAAGGACAGAUGGUGAGUCUUUGUUUCAGCUGUUGACGGAUGUUAUGUCACGCCUUGAUCUACCAAUGGCUCUACUUAGAGCGCAGUGCUAUGGUGGGGCUGCUAACAUGAGGGGUAGGUAUUCAGGCUUGGCAAGCAGAGUUAGAGAAGUUGCGAAGAAAGCCGUUUACGUGCAUUGCUACGCCCAUCAACUAAAUCUCACCUUACAGGAUGCUUGCAAAGGAGUAAUAGCAGUUCGUAACCAGCUUGGCAUCGUUUCUACUCUCUAUGAACUACUGGAGAGGUCGGCAAAACGACACUCGAUUUUUCAGGAAGUGCAAAGACGACGAUUGGAGGCUGACGGCCAACUGGGCAAUUGCCCAAAAACGUUGAAGCGUCACUGUGAAAGUAGGUGGUCAUCGAGAUACUCGUCCAUUCAUACCGUAAAGGAGCAGUUCGAGGCAAUGCUAGAAACUCCAGGAGAACUGGAGAAUGAUGCAAUAAUUGGAGCUGAUGCUGCCGCUCUUCUCAAGUCCAUCUCAACUUUUGGCUUUUUCUUUUGGAUCUCCGUGUUGGACAAGGUGUUGAACGUAACACAGGCGAUGUCUCUGUACCUCCAAGGUUCCACAGUGGAUCUUCAGCUGGCAAGAAAGUACGCACAGUCUGUCAUCAAAACUUUCGAAGAUUACAGAAGUGACAAAGAGUUCAAUUAUUUAUGGAAGUCUUUGCUCAAUGAUAGUCGGAGACUGGGACUGGAGCCACUUGGACUACAGAGACAAAGGCGACUACCAAGACGAUUGGAUACAGGUGGUUCUGAACACCAUAGUCCAAAGAGUGCAGAAGAACUCUGUAGAACAAUGUACUUCGAACUCUUGGAUAUUUUGAUGACACAGCUCAGAGACCGGUUCUGCAGUGAGGAUGUGACGAUUGCUAUGAAAGUUCAGAGUCUACUUCUAGAAUCCGCAACAACUGAAGAACCCGACUUAAAGAUGGUCGAAGAUGUAGUACACUUCUACGACGACGACUUUGAUGCUCCUCCAAGUCAUGUGAAAGCCCAGCUUCAGGUUUUCUAUAACUUUGUUAAGCAGAAUGCUGGCGAAAACACCGUUCACACUGUCAAGGAAUUGACCGUAUUCUUUGUUGACCAUGGUUGUAGAGCCUUGUUUCCAGCUAUCUUGCAACUGUUCAAGAUUUUUCUGUGCACUCCAGUGACAUCUGCAAAUGCAGAGAGAUCGUUCUCUGCACUGAAAAGACUGAAAACUUGGCUAAGAACUCGAAUGUCGGAUGAUCGGCUCCGCUCACUAGCACUCAUGUCUUUUGAAAAGGAACUUACAGCAGAUCUAGAAGCCAACGUCGAGGACUUAGUGUUGCAAUUUGCUGAUAUUACUGACCAGCGUAUGCCUUUAGUGUAA